ACCCACACCCAAACCAUCUCUCUCUCUCUCUCUCUAACAGACAGCUUUCAUCAUCAUCUCACUCACUCUCUCUCUCGAAAUAUAUAUAUAUAUAUCUCUUGGUUAGUGCAACUAGAAGUUAACCAUGCCUGAAGCUCCAAAGGCCAAUAGCAACGGCGGAGACUAUAGCCUAUCCGAGAAAAACAAGACGACACUUCAAUUCAUCGAAGAUGUGACUGAAAACGCAGACCAAGUCCAGAAGCGGGUUCUUUCGGAAAUCCUCUCUCGCAGCGCCGGCGUGGAGUACUUGAACCGGCACGGCCUCUCCGGUCAAACCGACCGAGACUCAUUCAAGAAACUCGUGCCGGUCAUCAAGUACGAGGACAUACAGUCCGAUAUCAGCCGCAUCGCCAAUGGCGACAUGUCCCCCAUCCUCUGCUCCCAACCCAUUUCCGAGUUCCUCACAAGUUCUGGGACAUCUGGUGGAGAGAGGAAAUUGAUGCCAACAACAGAGGAAGAGCUAGGGAGGAGGUCACUGCUCUACAGCCUUUUAAUGCCUGUGAUGAACCAGUUUGUUCCUGGUCUAGACAAAGGCAAAGGAAUGUAUUUCCUGUUCAUAAAGUCAGAGGCCAAGACCCCAGGGGGUCUAGUGGCUCGUCCUGUUUUAACCAGUUACUACAAAAGUAAUCAUUUCAAGGAAAGACCGUAUGACCCUUACACAAACUACACCAGCCCAAACGAAACCAUUCUGUGCCAAGACUCUUACCAAAGCAUGUAUUCCCAAAUGCUCUGUGGCCUUUCCCAAAACAAGGAGGUCUUGCGGGUAGGGGCGGUUUUCGCUUCCGGGUUUAUCCGGGCAAUCCAGUUCCUCGAAAAGCACUGGCCCCUCUUGUGCAACGAUAUCCGAACCGGAACCGUGAACCAACAAAUCACGGACCCGUCGGUCAGGGAGGCGGUUACGAGGAUCCUGAAGCCCGACCCGAAGCUGGCGGAUUUCUUGGAGGGCGAAUGUGGGAGGGAGUCAUGGCAGGGGAUCAUAACUAGGUUGUGGCCGAACACCAAGUAUGUGGAUGUUAUUGUCACUGGGACCAUGUCACAGUAUAUCCCCACUUUAGACUACUACAGCAAUGGCCUUCCCCUUGUUUGUACCAUGUAUGCCUCUUCUGAGUGCUAUUUUGGUGUCAAUCUCAACCCUCUUUGUAAGCCUAGCGAGGUCUCUUAUACCCUUAUCCCAACCAUGGCCUAUUUCGAGUUCUUACCUGUUCACAGAAACAAUGGUGUCACCAAUUCUAUUUCCAUGCUCAAAUCCCUCAACGAGAAAGAACAGCAAGAAUUGGUCGAUUUGGUCGAUGUCAAACCAGGCCAAGAGUAUGAGCUUGUUGUCACCACUUAUGCAGGACUUUAUCGUUAUCGAGUCGGCGACGUGCUUAGAGUGGCCGGGUUCAAGAACAAGGCACCGCAAUUCAACUUCAUAUGCCGAAAAAACGUCGUCCUAAGCAUCGAUUCGGACAAGACCGACGAGGUUGAGCUCCAAAACGCGGUAAAAAACGCCGUGAACCACUUAAUGCCGUUUGACGCGAGGCUAACAGAUUACACAAGCUACGCCGAUACAACAUCGAUCCCCGGUCACUACGUGCUCUUUUGGGAAAUCACCGUCAACGGGUCGACCCCGGUUCCCCCAUCUGUUUUCGAGGAUUGCUGUUUGACUAUCGAGGAGUCGUUGAACAGCGUGUAUCGACAAGGCCGUGUUUCAGACAAGUCGAUCGGGCCGCUGGAGAUCAAGAUUGUGGAAAUGGGAACCUUUGACAAGCUUAUGGACUAUGCAAUCAGCUUGGGGGCUUCGAUCAACCAGUACAAGACGCCUCGGUGCGUGAAAUUUGCGCCCAUUGUCGAGCUUCUGAACUCGAGGGUCGUGUCCAGCUAUUUCAGUCCCAAGUGCCCCAAAUGGAUUCCUGGUCGUAAGGAAUGGAUCGAGCAGUGCACCAAUUGACAAACAGAAGGGAGUUUGAAUUGUUCUUGGUAGUUUCAUUAGGGAAACAAAAAAACAAGUGUGCGUGAUCGUCUUAGGAUAAAUUUUACCCAUUUUAGGUUGACCCAUCUGGCCUUUCUCAUUUUUCUUUCGUCGUUUUUGUAAGUUUUACCCCCUCAAUUUUUGUAAGUUUUUAGGGACUCCAAAUUAGCCAUGUACAAAAAUUUCGUGUGUCAAGGAAGACUCUCAUUCUCCGC